GUAGAUAAAUCAUAAAAGGUCUCCUCCCGAUUGUCUUCUUCUCGUCCUCACUCUCCAGUCUCCGCCACCAGCAAAUUCAAUCGUUGCGUUGCCGUAGCCCUCUGGCUCUCCACGAGCCUCCUCAUCGUCGAAGAAGACUGAGAAGAUCACAACGCGACGGCUUCCUCUGCUACAUCCAUGGCGACGGCCAAGGCCACCAGCUAGGCUCACCACUGCAUGCGGUCCUCAAAUCGAAGAAGGGAUGAAGAAGCCAUUGGUCCUCCUCACCAUUGCCGCUUCAUGUCGUUCAUUCUCCAAUCUCCUGCUGCCGAGUUCCCAGAUCCGUCGCCUGACCUCCCUACCACGAGACCCAUAUCUCCAAUGAAAUCCCUCCACCAAACCCAAACCUUUCUUGUCUCUUCUGUCUUCUGGUCACCCCUGCCUCCUCCUUCCAUAUUCCCUCUUUCUCCUCGCCAACUGCAGAUGAACAAUCGGAAAUCCCUACAUCUCGUUAGAGCUGCUACAAUGAUUGAUGGUGGGCACAAUGUUGAUUGCUCAAGGAAUAGGGGUGGUGUCCUUGCUCCCUUUGAUAUGCUUACUUACUAGACGUUUUGGGAUUUCUAGGGUUUGCUUUAUAGGAUCUACAAAUACUAUUUGCAAUGGGAGGCGAGGCUGCUGAUGAUGUUUAGAUGUUUGCUAAAGGUAUUGUCGGAAAGGAUGAAUUCCAUUGUUGUUGAAUGAUUUUGUGAAUGUAGAGGGAAAGGAAUGGAAGGAGAGUAACUAAUUGAUUUUUUUCAUCCAAACAAGAUAAUUUAACUCUCAUUCCCUCCAAAUAACGUACAAAUACCACAUGUACAAAAAGUGAGUUAUUUGAUCUUACAAAUACCAAAUUGAAAAUUAACCCAUCCAAAAGAUCCCUAUAUAUUAUAUAGAGCUAAUACCACUACAACACCCGAACUAUGACAAAAAUGCUACUUGUAUCCUAUUAUUUCAAAUAUUCCAUUUGUGUCCUGAACUAUUUUUCUGUUAGAGUUGACCUGCGUUGAACAUUAGUUUUUAACAUUAGUUGUCCUUUCACUUCUGCCUCUCCGCCUCCCAACUUGUCGACUCCGCGAAGUCGCCACCAUCUCCCAGUACUUCGCUCUCCUCUUCGAACCCAAAAAUGCGGCGGGUUUCCAUCCGGCUCCCUCGCCACCGCGCGCUCCAGUCACCCCUCUCAUUCGACAAGACCCCUGCCUCAUUCGACAAAAAAAACCCUGCCUCCACCACUGCUCUGAAUCGAAAACUUCCAUGGUCGAUUUCAGGGGAGCUCUAAAUCGACCAGCCAUGGCCCUAACUUUGCCCAUCCAAAUCCGUCUCUCUUCCGCCCUUCACCCAUCGAUUGAUAACUUGAGCAUGCCCCGAUGUUGGGUCGACGGGCUAGGGCAAUUUGGAAGGUCUGGUCGGUGGGCUCAGGCAAUUUGGAGGGGAUUCAAAACUAGCAGGGGAAGAAGGCUGCAUCGUCGGUGCAUCGUCGGGGAUUCAUUAGUCGUCGUCGCCAUGGGGUGAGCGCAGAGCUCCUUCACCACCGUCGGCGCCAUCACUUCCUUCUUCGACGCGCAUCCCGCGAAGUGCCAGGCACUCCGCUCCCGCUUGCAGAAUCAACAUCUUUUGGAUCU